AUGAUGCACACCCAGAGAAACUGGGCCAACUUUGCUAUAAACUGGUUAAAAUGUAAGAGGAAGGCUGCCAUAAGGACCAGCUCCUGGACCCAGAUCAUAUUUUAUGAGGACCGAAACUUCCAGGGCCGCUCCUAUGAGUGCGACACCGACUGCCCUGACAUGCACCCUCACUUCAGCCGCUGCAACUCCAUCAAGGUGGAGAGCGGCUGCUGGGUGCUGUACGAGAAACCCAACUACACCGGCUACCAGUAUGUCCUGACCAGGGGGGAGUAUCCAGACUACCAGCGCUGGAUGGGCUACAACGACACCAUCCGCUCCUGCCGUACUUUCUCCUAUACCAGCGAGGGCCCCUACCGUAUCCGCAUCUACGAGAGGCCCAACUUCCAGGGUCAGAUGAUGGAGUUCAGUGAGGACUGCGAGUCAGUGCAGGAUCAUUUCCGCAGCCGUGACAUCUAUUCCUGCAACGUCAUGGAUGGCUACUGGACCCUGUACGAGCACCCCAACUACCGUGGCCGGCAGUACUUCAUGAGGCCCGGAGAGUACCGCAAGUUCAGUGACUGGGGGGCCACCUGCGCCACCACUGGGUCCUUCCGCAGAAUCCUAGAGUUUUAAUCUGGAAUUUUACUUAAUUUUGUUUGAUUUUAUUUACAUUUCAGUUUCACUCCCCUAUCCUCCUCUGAAAGUCAUCUAUUUGUGGAAACUGGUAAUGUUGAUAAAACUGUGGGAUAAUGUGCGAAAGAGA